AUGUUGAGCAUCAAACCCCCAUCAAAAGACGGCGUCACAAAGAGCAACCCGAGUAAGAGACACAGGGAACGGCUCAACGCGGAGCUGGACACCCUGGCCUCACUCCUACCCUUCGAGCAGAAUAUCCUCAGCAAACUGGACAGGCUCUCCAUCCUGCGACUGUCUGUCAGCUACCUGCGCACCAAGAGUUACUUCCAAGAUAAUUUUCCUUGUAUGUUGAUGGCAAACGAGCAGAUGGAUUAUCUGAUGGAAAGAAAGCAGCGCCAAUCAACUGCUAAUACCGAUGGCUUGAGAAUUGUGGGGUUUGAGUUGGAUGAAGAAGAAAGAAAGAUUGAGGGAAUACAUCACGAGAAGUCAUUUGAUGAUUUUCCCCUCACACAGAACCCUGAGCCUAGCGUGGUGAUUAAUGCUCAAACCUUAUCCGUGUGA